GUUGCGGUGCGCCAUUAACCUUUAAUACCUAUCUGGUGAGACACAACACCGACAGCCACAAUGCAGACUGUUCUCGCCAAGUCGUCCUUCAUGGGCACCCGCCCCUUCGGCGUGGCCAACAAGGCUAAGGUGACCAUGGACAAGAAGCUGCCCUUCUCUCUGCCCUCGUUCGGCGGUGCUGCCGAGAAGAAGACCGGCACCGUUGUCGCUAAGCCGAAGGCUGGCACCGCGUCGACUAAGCCCGCCCCUAAGGCGACCAUCAAGAAGUCCGCCGCGGCUACUGGCACCCGCAUGGGCGGUGUUGGCUACCGCAAGUACCAGGGUGAUGCCCUGUGGCUGCCCAACACUGCGCGCCCGGAGUGGCUGGACGGCUCGCUGCCCGGCGACCGCGGCUUUGACCCCCUUGGCCUGGCCAAGCCGUCGGAGUUCGUCGUGGUUGGCGUCGAUGAGAACGAUGUCAACGCCGCGCAGAACAAGAAGGGCUCUGUGGAGGCCGUGGUGCAGGCUUCCCCCGAUGAGGUCAGCUCGGAGAACCGCCUGUCUCCCUACUCGGAGGUCUUCGGCCUGGCCCGCUUCCGCGAGUGCGAGCUCAUCCAUGGCCGCUGGGCCAUGCUGGCUUGCCUGGGCUGCCUGGUGGCUGAGGCCACCACCGGCGUGUCCUGGGUUGAGGCCGGCAAGGUCGAGCUGGACGGCGCUUCGUACGCCGGCCUGGCCCUGCCCUUCUCCAUCACCCAGCUGAUCUGGAUUGAGGUGCUGCUGGUGGGCGGCGCUGAGAUCUACCGCAACACGGAGACUAACCCUGAGAAGCGCUGCUACCCCGGCGGCGUCUUCGACCCCCUCAACCUGGCCACCGGCGAUGAGGAGCGCGCCUUCCGCCUGAAGACCGCUGAGAUCAAGCACGCCCGCCUGGCCAUGGUCUCGUUCUUCGGCUACAGCGUACAAGCUCUGUCCACCGGCGAGGGUGCACUGGGCUCUCUGGCCAAGUUCGCUGAGGGCCUGAACAGCGGCAAGGGCCUCUAAGCGCGCAGCCAUCACCUGUGCCACAUUAGUGGGGCUGCUUUGGACGCCUUACCUGCCUAGCUUCCUGCCUGCCGGGCUGCCCGCUCCAAUGGGGGCAUCCGUGGGGCGUGGUGGCGUGGUUGGCUGGAGAGGUGUCAUCGCUUUUUGACCGGACGGGAUGAAUGGGACGCACCUCCGCUGAGGGGAGAGCUUUGCAUCUGAGCAGGGGUCUGCUUUUUCUCCUGCUGGGUACGUGGGUUCUCUUUCCCGCCUGCUCUGGUGGGCGGCGGUGGUGGUGUUGUUGAGAAGAGGAGAGGCUGUUUUGAACAGUGGGCCGAAGGCUCAGCCGGGAUGCGAGUCGAGCGGAGGGCUGCAGCCUAGUUCCCGAGACGCAUCAGUGUGAGUCCGACGAAGAGACGAAGAUGAAUUGAAGACGAAGAGUGUAAGAAGUGCGAACGCUCUCGUGUGUCUUGCGGUGCCGAUUGGUGACUUCGAAUCUCGCCCCAGUAGGAGAGGAUUCGUGAGCACAAGAUGGCAUGCGUUUUGUGCGUGUGUGUGUUUUUGGGGUGUGGUGGUUUAUCCCGUCCACGCAACCCCCCUUGAGAAGAGAAGAUUCAACCCUUAUAGCCUGCACAGGCAUAAUAACGACGUCCACGACGCCAUCGGUCGAAAGGAUGUGUAAGACUUCAUAGCAUACC